AUGGCCGGCUCUGACCCCCUGUGGCUGGCCUUGGCCUCCUGCAUCCUGACUCUGGCCUCUACAGCGCAGCAAGGUUACAGAGACCCCCGAGAAGCCAGUUCCUAUGGGCUGGAUUUGGCCUGUGGGGCCCCUGGCACCCCAGAGGCCGAGGUCUGUUUUGACCCCUGUGAGAAUCACACGGUCCUGAAUGACCCCUCCCGGAGCACACUGAACACAGAUGAACUCCAGAAAUGCGACCUCAAUUUGAGAGGCUGGUAUCGCUUUGUGGGCGAGGGAGGAGUGAGGAUGCCCGAGACCUGUGUCCCAAUGUUCCGAUGCCAGACAGCCGCUCCCAUGUGGCUGAACGGGACCCACCCUGACCUUGGGGAGGGCAUCGUCACCCACACUUCCUGUGCCCACUGGAGUGACAACUGUUGCCUCUGGUCGACUGAAGUGCAGGUGAAGGCCUGCCCGGGCGGGUACCACGUGUACCAUUUGGAAGGCAGCCCCAACUGCAAUCUGAGAUUCUGCACAGACCCCUCCACUGUGGAAGACAGGUGUGAGCAGGCCUGCCGCCCGGAGGAGGAGUGCCUCCCUCAAAAUGGCAGCUGGGUCUGCGUCUGCAGACAGGACCUCAAUGGCUCUGAUAUUCAGAGUUUGCAGCCUCAGCUGGACUGUGGGGCCAGCGAGAUCAAGGUGAAGGUAGACAAGUGCUUGUUGGGAGGCCUGGGUUUCGGGGAGAAGAUCAUCGCCUACCUCAAGGACCGGAGCUGCAGCAGCAUCCUACAAACGGAGGAUGGGAACUGGGUGUCUGUGACCAGUCCCGCUCAGGCCAGUGCCUGUGGGAACGUUCUGGAGCGUAAUGGAACCCAUGCCCUCUACAAAAACACUCUCUCCUUGGCCACCGACUUCAUCAUCAGAGACGUCCUCGUCAACAUCAACUUCCAGUGUGCUUACCCACUGGACAUGAAGGUCAGCCUCCAGACUGCACUUCGGCCCAUUGUGAGUUCCCUGAACAUCAGUGUGGAUGGGGAGGGAGAGUUCACCGUCAGGAUGGCCCUCUUCCAAGACCAGAACUACAUGAAUCCUUACGAAGGGGAUAUGGCUGUGCUGUCGGUGGAGUCCAUACUCUAUGUGGGCGCCAUCUUGGAGAGAGGGGACACUUCCCGGUUCAACCUGUUGUUGAGGAACUGCUAUGCCACACCCUCAAGUGACAAGGAAGACCCCGUGAAGUACUUCAUCAUCAGAAACAGCUGCCCAAAUGAACGUGACGCCACCAUCCACGUGGCUGAGAACGGGGCAUCCGCGGAAAGUCGGUUCUCGGUGCAGAUGUUCAUGUUUGCUGGGAACUAUGACCUCGUUUUCCUGCAUUGUGAGGUCCACCUCUGUGAUUCCCUUAAUGAGCAGUGCCAGCCUUCUUGUUCAAGAAGUCAACUCCGCAGUGAAGUACCGGCCAUUGACCUAGCCCGGGUUCUAGAUUUGGGACCCAUCUCUCGGAGAGGUGCCCAGUCUCUUGGUGUCAUGAAUGGAACCCCUGGCACUACAGGGUUCCUGGUGGCCUGGCCCACGCUCCUCCUGCCUGUCCUCCUGGCCUGGCUGUUCUGA